CUCGCUCCGGAUGAAGAUCAUCACAUGGAAUGUCAAUGGAAUUCGGUCGCUGAGGCAAGACGAGUCCUGGGCGCACUGCAAGGAUUUCGCCGCGAUCCUGCAGGAACUUGAUGGAGAUAUUAUCUGCUUCCAAGAAACCAAGGUCAGCCGCAACAAACUGACUGCGGACGUCGCCAUCGUCAGCGGAUACAACUCGUUCUUCUCGUCACCCAAGCUCACCCAAGGGUACUCUGGGGUCGCCACCUUUUGCAAAGAGUCAUGGACGCCUGUUGAUGCUGCCGAGGGUCUAAGCGGCUCACUGCAGAGCCAACCACACCCGCUCGAGGUGUUUGCUAGCGACUUUCAGGCAGCCGAGCUCAAGGCGCUCGACAGCGAAGGCCGAGUCCUCAUCACCGACCAUCGACUCUUUGUGCUCUUCAACAUCUACUUCCCCAACGAUCCAACCGACGAACGGACUGCGUUUAAGCUUCGUUUUUACGAGGCCGUGCAGCUUCGCAUCGAGUCGCUGCUCCAGCUCGGUCGCUCGGUGGUGUUAGUAGGCGACGUCAAUGCCUGUCACCGACCCAUCGACCAUUGCGAUCCCGACGAGAGCAUCAGACGGAAUGGAUUGCCGCAUUUCCAGGCCGAACAGUCUCGGCAGUGGCUCGACCGGUUUCUCUCUCCAAAGGGCCCCAUGGUGGAUCUGUUCCGGGCGCUGAAUGGCGAUGUGGAGAAGGCCUUCACAUGUUGGAACACACUCACGGACGCAAGGGUCUCCAAUUUCGGCACCCGGAUCGACUAUAUCCUCACGAGCCCAUCCCUCCUCGACUCGUUUGAGCGAUGCACGAUCGAGUCGCAUAUCAUGGGCAGCGACCACUGCCCUGUCUCGGCUAUUCUCAGGGGCAGCUGCAUCCCGCUGCAAGACUUGGAGCCGCGGCCUGUGCCUUCGAUCUGCACUCGGUUUUGGAAAGAGUUUUCGGGCACGCAGCCCCGACUACUGGACUUUCUGGGUCCUCGGAGACCCGGGGCGGAGGGCGUGUCGUCGUCGACGGCUUUUGCCGGCGAGCUUGGCCAGACGGCAGCGCUGCCAAGUGCAAGCGACCAACCACCUGGCCCGCCAGACCCGCUCACCCUCCGCAGAUCCAACAGCUCCAUCCGUGGCAAGCCACUGCAGCGAUACAACAGCGACUCCUCGGCGCUUCUCAAAACCAAACGCAAGCCUGCACUCAAGCAGCAGACACUCUCUGCCUUCAUCAAGAUCGGCUCCGCCUCCAGAGACGCUGGCCCUGUGCCAAGUGAAGCUGGCCAGAAUACCCAACAAGAAGCCGCCCGAGCCUCCCAAGAGGAGUGCGAGAGUGCGGCGGCGGCAUCUCAGGAGAGCACUCCAGAGCUGCCAGCGAUCGAGCAAGUCAGUGCGGCAAGAGAAGAUGCGCGGCACAGAUGGAAGCAGCUUCUGGCGCCAAAGCCAGCCCCACUCUGUUACCACGGCGAGCCCGCCAAGGCAUUUGUCGUCAAGAAGGCCGGCACCAACAAGGGCAAGCACUUUUACCUCUGUGCGAGACCUGUGGGACCCUCGUCGCCGACUCUAUCGUCGAACGGUAUCACUGAGCACCGGUGCGAUUUUUUCGCAUGGAAGUGACCUCAGAUAUCCGGAGAGCCAGGCCUCCGUCAAGAUUGCCGAGAAGCCAGCUGGAUUGGACGCAAUGUGAUGCGAUACGUGGGCACGGUGGGAGGAUGCGAUGUUCUGUCGGAUGCUACCUCGCCGGCGAUGCGUUGCUGGAGAUCAGAGAUGUGUAUUGGACAGUGUGCAGCACCUCUGCACUCCGCAGACUCAAAAAGCCGGAGGAGGCUAUUUCUUGGUCUUUUUCGCAGGCUUCUCGAUGUACGCAUCGGCAUCCACCUUGACCUCGACCUUCCUUUUCUUUGCCUGGCACGGAUCGCAUUUGUUGAGGGAGGGGAUCGGCACGGUGUAGUUGCAGUGAGCGAAUGGAUACUGGAUGAUAGUCGCUGGCCAGAACGCGAGCGGAGCACCGCGAUUGCAUGAAUCGUGGGUUGGCCAUGCGCCAAAGCAAUCUGCCACAAACAGCGCACAUACACAUAUACACACAUACACACAUACACACAUUCACACAC